AUGCAAGUGGAACAUUCAUUAGUAAAGAAAAAGCUCUUGACCAUCGCGACCAGCGGCAAGUUUGCCACCUUUACUCCAGAACAACUUGAUGCUACUUAUCUACAGCUUGACGACUAUCUUAUUCUCCAUCUGGAUAAACUUGAUGCAAUUGAGCUUUUCCAACUAUUUGAGCUCCAAUUCUACUUGUGUAUAUUGACCAACCAUGAUAUCGAGGCCAAAAAUGUACUUGACAGAUUGACCGACCAGUUUGGUCAGAAUGUAAAGUCUCAGCGGAUCAGAUUAUUACAAUCGAUAUACUGGGAGUCUCAAGGAGAAAUAAAAAAAGCAGGCGAUUUACUAAGCCAAGACCCCGAUGAGUUACAACUACUGAGGCGAUUAACCACUUUUGCUCGCCAUGAAAAAACAUCCGCCACUUCAGAAAAGUAUAUCCUGAAUUUGAAUUUUUAUCUCAACUUACAACCUGCAGAUACUGUAGCAUGGUGUGAAUUGGCUGAUGAAUAUGCAAAAUUGGGUCAUUAUGAAAAAGCGGCACAUUGUCUAAGGCAAGUUGUAUUGUUGCAACCUACUGCAUACCCUUUAUUUUACAAGAUUGGAUUGAUGGAAUACUAUCGAUUCUUGCAACUCGAAAAGGAAUUGAAAGAAGAGAAUAAUAAAAAGGAUAAAUUGAUUGAAUUGAUGAAAUUACUAAUUUGCGCAAGAGAUAACUAUAUGUACCUGUUGGAGAUCAAUGACAAGUAUGACAAGUCGUGGGUGGCCUUAUGGAGUUUGGUACAAAAGGAUUUUGCCUUCAAUCUGAGAUUGAGCAAGAUAAGUGAGAACAACAAGGCGGUAAAGGAGUAUUUGGCCCAAUCGGUAAAGUUGAGACCUAUUGUGGAGAAAAAAUUGAAAGAAUUAGAAGUAGAUGUAAAGAGUUUAGAGUAG